AUGAAUGCAAACGACGAGAUGAGCGCGUUGAUGGACCAGAAGCGGACUGUGCAGAAUGCCCUUGAGGCGCAGAAGGUUCACAUUCGUGUGCAGCAGCGUAGAGGAAGGAAAUUUGUUACCUCCGUACAGGGCCUCAACCAGCAACUAAAUUUCCGCCGUAUUAACCGUGAGUUCAUGCGCCGGUGGGGAUGCAACGGGACGGUGAUCACUACACCAGAGGCGGGAACUGUCAUUCAGCUGCAAGGAAACUGGAGCGAAGAGAUUCGCACAUUCCUUCUUGAAGAGCACAUGGCGACCGAGCAGAACUUAGAGAUCCACUCGCUGAACUGA